ACGACGAUGGUUAAGAAGAUAAAAUUUCUAUUCGUGAAAUUCAUCGCAUCUGCGUUCCUCAGGGUCGCGCUUCUCAAUCCCUAAUCUUAUUUCAUUCUUUGCCAAACAAAACUUCGAGGCACCGCACACUGCAAUCGAAGCUAUUUCGUUCGCAGGUAACUGAAGUGAUAUAGUAGUAGGCGAGCUUAGCAUAAAAAUGACUGAUGAAAGAGGAGUACACCCAGAUUGCAGAAAUGCCUCAAAUCCCUACCAUGAAUGCAGUGAAUAUUGCUUCCAAAUCAUUGCUGAUACAAAGGCUUGGAUGGAGCAAAAGGAAUCAGAAGUAGUGAAAGCUAGUGGUAGGAGUGUUCAGUCCGGGUCUGGUGCUCCAGAGCUGGACGAAGAUCUACAUGAUGACAGCCAGGAUUUUGAAGAUCAUGCUGAUGGUGGUAAAGAGAAUCCUGUUGAAGAGAACCUAGAAGGAGAUGUCACAAAACUCACAGGAAGGAAGAAGAAAUUGUGGGAGUUGAGAAAUAAGAUGAUGAAGGCAAAAAGCGACAAUCAAAAAGAAAUUGCUGCUGAAAAGAAAAGAAUGGAAGCUCCGACCGAGUCAAGAGGCAUUUCUAAGCAAAAAUGGCUUGACGAGAGGAAGAAAAAAAUUGGAAAGCUUCUUGAUGCAAAUGGUUUGGAUCUGGCAAAGGCUUAUAUGUUAGACACACAAGAGUCGGCAGAAUCAAAAUACAAGAAAUGGGAGAAGGAUCCUGCUCCAUAUGGUUGGGAUGUUUUCAAUCAGAAAACUUUGUACGAUGCGUACAAAAAGCGAACAAAGAACGUUGAGGUUGACUUGGAAGAAUAUAACAGAAUGAAAGAAGCUGACCCUGAGUUCUUUCGUGAAGCUUCAAGUCUCCAAUAUGGGAAGGCACCGAAGACCUCAGAAGAAAAGAUUGAUAAGAUGGUGAAGGAACUCAAGGAGCGAGAAGAGAAGCGCAAAUCAUUUAGCAGGAGGAGGAGGUUCCACGAUGAGAAGGAUAUCGACUCAAUCAAUGACCGUAACGAGCAUUUCAACAAGAAGAUUGAACGAGCCUUCGGUAAAUACACGCUGGAGAUUAAGAACAAUCUUGAGCGCGGAACUGCGCUACCUGAUUAAAGCAAUUGCCUGGAGUAAAUUUUCUUGUUUAGUUGUGCAACUCUGUCAAAUGGGGUAUGAUAUGUUUGAAAUCUGAUUCUCCUAUAUUUUAUAUAAUGGAAGGCGUAUGGCUAAUCUGUUGCCAGAGAAUGA